AUGUCAGCCACACAUUAUGACUGUGGCUUGAUAAAGGCUGGGCUUCAACGGUCGGACCUGAACUUUGCUCCCUGUGAGAGUUUCACAGCCUCAGGUAGAGUCCUGCUGCUCACCUGUUUCAGGAAGAGAAGCUUUGAUCCGAUCCACAGCGCAGCAGCAGGAGCACUCAUGCACUGUCUCUCUUUGGAUUUCCAGGAUAAAAACUCUAAUAUGACUGUUUCCUGGAACUCACGGCCGAACCUCGUCCACAUCUGUUUACUCCUGUGUGCAACUGGAGCGGUGUCAGGACAGUUCCAGCUGGAGCCGCAGAAUCUAACGGUGCUACGAGGCUCUGAUGCCCAGUUCAACGCCACGGUGCCAGGAGUCUGGGAUGUCAUGACCUGGAACGUCGGAGGAUUUCUGGUCCUCACCAUCCGUGUCUCCGGGGACGUAACGUCCUCCUCGGGACAGUUCUCUGCCGGGUUCUGCUCCAUGGGGGACACCAGCUGUGUGGAGUUCACCAUCCACAACGUGAGCCGCGGGGAGUCUGGGCCGGUCCUCUGCAGCGUGCUGGGAGACUUUGGAUCAAAGACGGCACAGCUUUAUGUUCAAGAGAGCGGUUCGGUCAGCAUCACAGGAGGAAACCUGACGGUGGUGCAGGACAAGCAGGUGGAGUUCCAGUGUGUCUCAUCAGCCUGGUUCCCUGAACCGACGGUCACCUGGACCAGAAACGGUCGAGUGGUCAGCAGCGACCUGUACAACACCAGCAGCAUGGCUGACGGAGACUCCUUCAACUCCACCAGCGUCCUCAAGUUCCAGGCAGUCAGCAACACCACGGUGGAGUGUCAGGCCACCGUGUCCACGCUGAGAAACCCAGAGUCCAGCUCCGUCUUCCUGGUGGUCGUUCCCCAGCCCACUGACUGGACCGUGCUGAUCGCUGUGGUUGUGUCCUUUGGAGGUUUUGCUCUGCUGGUUCUGCUCAUCAUUGGAAUCAUCUUCUGCUACAAACGCAGGAAAGAAAAAGAACCCAACUAUCAAGAUGAAAUGAGCCGAAGAGUGAGGACACUGAGCCAGCUGAGUGCAGCUGGACAGAGACAGGGUCAAGUGAACGCAGCAUAUCUGCCGGAGGGUCAAACAAGUGUCCCUCCCAGUGAAAACACUGACAGCGGCUAUUGCCCAACUGUUGCCUCCCAAGUUGUUGAGAUGCCUCAUGUUGGGAACAGUAACCAGGAAGGAGAUGGUUACAACAGGGCCUACAACACAGUGGAUGACUCAGGCUUCAGGAAACACAGACAUGUCACUAUUGUUUGA